ACCAAAAUCACAUCACACCACUUCAUCAUCGAUGGCCAUACCGUCGCCUACCUGCCAAACUUCGAAACCUAGUCAAAAGUAUUGCGCUGUGCCUCGACCCCUACUGUCUCAAAGGCGAUACAUCAAAUCGCUACACGCCUCUUCAAACAUGGGAGGUAGUUCAUUUGCCCGUCCACCCCCUCUCGUAUUCAACUAACCUAAGCACUCUACCGAUCAAGUCGGGUCAAAAAAGGAGAGAGCCGAAAUGUUCUUAUUCGCGCUCGUCCUCAGCUUCUCGAGCUGGGUAAUCUUGGCCACCCUCGGUAGCGAACACUGCACGCUUGAGUCGGAUGAGCUCUUUAUUGCCUACGGCGUCUCCGCGAUCGUCGCAUUCCUGGUCUCGUAUCGUAUUAUCAUCGUCCAUUGGCCGCAAGGCAUGGAAAACACUUCCGGCGUCAUGACAGCCAGCAUGUUGGGCUAUGGAAUCGCGGUCGCCCACUCGUUCGUCACCGGGCCCUGGCACAACUCCUUUUUCAGGCACUCCUACCAAUUUUCUGGAAUUUGCAUCGGCUUCCUGAUCGAGUGGGCCACGGGAUGGUGCGGCAGCUUAGCGUCGACUUUGGCAGAGAGGUUUAGGAAGUGAAUCGAAGCCUACGAGAUCAGAGAGGACUUCCUGAAGCUUCUGUGGUUGAAACCAGCGUCGUCUUCCUCCUUCCUUGAAAGCCUUGAGGAAAGGGGCCAUAAUGUUCCGGCUACGAGGGGGACUAUGGAAACAACACCAGGCUCUGAU